CCAGCUAUGGAUCCAACAAUCCCUGGGAAGCUCCUUCACUUGCUGUUCCUUGACCGUUUAGUGGAGGAGAAAUGGGAGGUAUCCUCUGCCACAAAUGUCAGACCUAACAUUGUAGAUACAAGCUUUACAAUGGCUGAGAUGAUAAAACUACUCGUCCAAAGUCUUGUCCCUGGAUAACAUUGUUUCUUUAUCAGGUGGAUGCGCUCAUACCAUAGGAUCGGCUCAUUGCAAGAGGACUCCAAGAGAAAGCUUAAAUUGAUUGACACAACUCUAGACAGUAACUACGCAGAUCACCUAAUGAAGAAGUGUCCUGCGGAUGCAAGCAAAUCCACAACUGUCGACAAUGAUCCCAAAUCAUCCUCUGUAUUCGAUAAUCGGUACUACAUAAAUCUAUUAUCCCACGAGGGGCUCUUCCAAUCAGAUUCUGUUCUUCUAAAGGAUGUAAGGAGAAGGAAACAAGUGGAGGCUUUUGCCAAUGAUCAAACAGUUUCUCCCAGAGUUGGGGCCAAUCGUUUUUGAAGCUCCCUGGCAUUGGAGUGAAGAUUGAUGAAGAAGGAGAAAUCCGACAAUCUUGUUCAAACAGCUAAUGCACGAUGAGAAAGCAAUUCUGUUGUAUAAUUCAUUAUUAAAUAUAUAAAAAAAAUAUUAAUAAGAAGUUCAUGGUCAG